AUGUAUCCUCUCACAAGUCACAUCCAUCACGUUUUAAGUUUACGUCCUCAGCUCGCCCUCUGUUUUGCUCUCUACUAUGCUAUCAACUUCGGUGAGCCUCAAACGCCCACUUAUCGCCUUCGAAUUCAUCGUCAAUUCAGUGAGAUUUACUUCAUUUCUGUUCGUGGCGGAGUUAGAGCUCCCAAAGAGCAAAUCCGUCUUCUUAAACAGAUAGAGAAGGUGAUGAAUACUUAUAAAGUAGGAUUUGUGAUUAACAUCAGUGAGCUUGGUGAAGAUGAUCCACUCUUACAAAAUGCAACACAAUAUUUCAAUCCACUGAAGGCUCCAUGGUACACUACUGUAGCUCUACAGGAUAUGAAGCCAGAUUAUUUUUUCAAACAGGUGAAUGUUUCAAGUGGAAGAACACUCGAUAUUAUAGCUCUAAAUAAUGGAAUGAUACAGGAUCCUUCAGAAGUUCAGUUAAAGUUUUUGUCAAGAAAACUUGAAUCAAGCAAAAGUAACUGGCACAUUGCUACUGGAUUUCAUCCACUAUUCUGCAAUCAAAGAUGGAAUCAAACACAAGCAAAAGGAAACAAUGUUAUGCUACAAAUGUUGAUGGAUCAUGGAGUGGAUGCUUAUUUAAGUGGACACUCAUGUGGAAAUGAAACUCAUAUUGAAGGACCUUAUUUAACAACCAUAAACCAAGGAUCAAUUCCUUUCAAUGUAAUGAAAAAUAUGUUCCUUCUUCACAGAGUGAGCUCCCUUGAAAUUGUAACAUAUGGUGUUAGUUUCAAAGGGGAUAUUGUUCAUGAAUCCACAUUUAGACAAAGAGGAAGGGAGGUUAUGUAACUGGUAAAUCAUAUUAUAUAUAUAAGAUUAAAAGUUCAAUUACAUUAUUUUGUUUUACGAUUUCUUUGUUAUAGUUUGCUUGCUAAAGAAAGCCAAUCUUUGUUUAUUUUAAGCUCUCGCUCUUUAGUGAUAAGAUUAUAAAACUAUAUAAACAAUUUAUGUUACUAUUUUUUUUUUCAUAUACGUCUAGUUAUUGCGUUUUCAAA